UUUGCAUGUUUUGUCGGUAGCUCUUUAUUUCUUUCUAUAUUUGGUGAAUAACAUUUCUUUUGUUCCCGGCGGGGUUUUACGAGCUCAUUCGCCAUCACUGUGACCCUAUUUUUCCCCCUUACUUCACUGCUAAAGUUUCUCUUCCUCUUCCUGUUCCUGUAAGAUCCCCUGACAAGUGUUGCUUAUAUAGUCACUCUUUCGUAAUAUGCUGCCAUACGUAUUUGCACCGUUGACUAAGGAAACCUGGGAAACCCAAACGACGACAGUGGCUAUAUUUUGACUGAGUUUCCGCCGGUUGAAUCGGAAGAGACCAGCAUGAGAAACUCAAAAAAACUGCCUGCUUCCGCGAAAUGAUUGAUGAGCGGACCAGUGCCUGGAUAAGCGUUCACCAAUCCAAGUACUGUCCUCGCUCGAGGUCAACUAUGCGCGCAUCCAUUGCUACUACUAUUUCAAUAAUUACUAAUUACGGUACGUUUUGGUGCUCGUAUUUCGUGAUGAGCUCAGUUUUAAUUCGGUGAUCAUCCUGAUACUAUUAUUGCAGGAUAUUAGAAAACUUGGCGUGAUCGACAUAAAUUACUCAAAUGGCAACUGACAGGGGACUUUAUAGAUUUGUCUUCAAGUACAAUAAUCAUCGUACUUUUUUGUCAAUGGCAAUAGAAAAAUUUUGAUAAUCUGCCAUAAAAAUGUACAGCAUAUUUUUAUAGCAUAAAAUUUAUAUUCUAUGUCAGAUGACGGCGACAAUGGUUCACUGAUAAAUUAUUCAUGUCGGAUAGGAGAAUAGUACAGGAAGAAAAAAGAUUUGAUACAGUUGAAUGUGCCUAUUGAGGGAGAAAAAAUAAAAUAUUAUGAAACAUCGCGACUAUGACGCAAAUGGCCGACAGGGAUACGAGCGAGGGCUCACGCGAACGACAAAAGGGUAGCGCAUAAAAAGUAAACUCUCUAAACGUCCGCACCGUCGAACCGUUUUUUGCCUUCACUCGUAUACUACGGUAGACACCCCCGUACCGUACACGAGUCAUUUCGUCCAACUCGGCGACACUCUCUCCAGUAUACCUAUUCGCUUAUAACUUUGCAAACUGUUCGUAUACCUCCUAUACCCACCUCCCAUGACACACGUAACAUUUUUUCACAUUUUUUUACCUCCCUCGUUUCGUUGUUAACAGUUAUCAAAUUCUCGUCUUGAAAACGUCGCUUAUCAUUAUUGUAUGAUUAUUGCGUGCUCUCAGUUGACUAAUCUUUCCAAUUUAAAUUAUUUAAUAAUUUACGUAAUUAUCAUCUUCUACACAACUGCGUGAUGUGAGGGUUACAAUCAAGCCUGGAACUUGAAAAUACAUUUUUCUAUAUGGACAAUAUUUAGAAUUUGAUUUUUUGCCUGUAUAAUUAUGUCUUCGCAGUCUUUUGGUCAGUUUGUUGGGCUAAGCUCUUUUCAUACAGAAAUGAGGAACAUGCAAUGCAAUUAUAGCCAUGCACCAUAGUCUAAAGAGUUUUACUUUUACGAAUAAAGAAGGCGCUACGGAAAAACGAAAAAAAAAGCUAAAAUAGAAAAGAAAAAUCCUUUCAACGUUGACGCGGAAGGACGGCAAGUGUUGAAAUAUGCCGAAGCGAACAAAAUGAGUUUCAUUCUCGUUGAGUUAGUUAACGUUGACAGAGUGGGCCAAUUAGUGAACUGUUUUGUUCCGGCCCGGUUCCGAACCACAUGUAAGAACGAAAGCCUCAAGCAUUCUCGGUGGUUUUUUUUCCGCUCAAGUAAUUCAUUUCGAAAUUCAUAGCGUUGACUGCUUGAAUUAAUAUAUUUUAAAUUAAAUUUUUUUGGUAAGGUUUCAACGUCACCGAUAAACUUCGAUAUCCGUUCCAGAUAAAACCUGGUUACUUAAAAAUCUAUCUGUCAUUGAAAAACCUUAUUUUUAAUUUUACAUCUCCUUCAAUUGAUGAUUUUGACAACAACUUUGCGAAUUUGCUUGUUACGUGACAAACCCAAAUAUCUAUUUUUCAAUCGUCCUUUUUCUUUAACUCAAUAUAUUUUUUUAAAUCAACCGAUUUUUCCUCCAACAAUGAGACAAAAAUGGGUUGAAGUUUUUCAAAAUUUUCCCUUUUUUCGUCGCUAUUGUAUUUCACGUUUGUUUCGUUCGAUGAUACAAAGAAAAUAUAAUGUCAAAAGUGCAAUGUAUUUUUACCAAAAUAUCAUGCAUGGUGAGCAUUAAAUGAAAAACUGAUAUAUCCUUAGUAUGGAAUUUUACUAAGUUUUGAGCUUUUUUUUUAAAGAUUAUGCAUGAUUACUUGAAUAGUUCAUGCGCGCGAUAAAGAGAAAAGUUCAUCUACUGUCCUCGUUAUUUUUCUCCCGUGAAUCUCUUUCUAUUCUCCUCCCUCUCUCUCUCUCUCUCUUCCCUUUCGCUCGGCAUUGGCCCUCGAACCUCCUAUCGCUUCUCGCUAGAGCUUUCAGUAUGAGAUCGCGCACUCCACGAGCAAACACCUGUUAGCUGCUCUCGAGUUUUGGAGAAAAAAACUCCAAUCUAUAUCGCGAUUGUCCUAAUACUGCAACAAAUAUUCAUCGAACGUGACCCGAACGGAAAAGAAUUUGUUUUACAACUGUGCGAUUUUGAAACAGAAUUGUCCAUUUAUUCGAAAAUCUUUUUCACAUCAACUCGUGAUACUCGUCGAUUUGGUAUAUAAAAAAAAGAAAACGCUAAUAGCCGUUGAGAUGAUUUUACCCCUGUCCCGUGAACGAAUCUUUGUGUCAAGACUGAAUGGACAACCGGGUACGGCAAGCCUCUGCUUCUCAUCGUCUUUGGUCAUCUCUAUGAGAUAAUACGACUGAUUUCUGUCCGUUUGUACACGCGCACAUCCGCAAAUAUAUAUAUAUAUAUAUACAUCUUGUAAAGUAACCAGAGAGUCGUUAGGAAUUACAAGAGGUGCUGAGCGUCAAAUCAAAUUGUACGAAUUUGCGGUGGCAUCGCCCCCGCCGUCAUCGGCUUGAGGCAUGCUCACUAUCCACGACGAUAUGUCACCGCGCAACGGGUCAUGCCUGGCCGAAGUCAGCUCUGUAAGGAGUCUUUCUUCGGAUGAUGUAUCAGGAACAAAAUCUAGUAGGAAAAAAUCCUGUUGGGCUCGGGCAACCGAUCCGGCUCAUCGACGCGGACGACGAAUUCAACUCCUCCAGAUGCUCGUUCUACCCUUCAUACCGAUACUAGCUCUCAUAGUACAAACGGCAAAUACCCUCCAUGACAUCCUCAUCUAUCGACAAGAAGUCUCCGACAUCGAGAGUCAGGUCACGAUAGCCACGGACCUGGGAAAAGUGGUGACAAGAAUGCAGUUGGAAAGAUCAGAGGUUGCUUUUUUCAUCUACACGAACGGUAGCACGUUGAGGUCCAAUUUAACCCAACGAUACGCCCUGACGGACCAAACUCUGCGGAACAUGACCACGUGGCCAUUGGUUACGGUGCCAAGUGACGAGUUCAAAACGCAAACUUAUGACGUUGUCAAUAAAGAAGCCUUCCAAGCACGACUUGAAGAUUUCAGACAAAAAAUAAGUUCUGAGGAGAGCAGCAUUUCCGAAGUGAUGUCAUGGUACACAAGCGUCAAUGCCGCAAUGCUCGAUCAUUUAACCAACCAAAUUAAAGAAACGGAUAACAGUGGAGUAUGGAGGUACUUAAUAGCUUUCAAGAAUUUGCUUCGAAGUAUCGAGAGUCUGGGUAUUGCCUCCGUUUAUGGUAUCAAUUACUUCGGACGUGGAAUCCUUAUGGGUGAUAAUUACGUGAGUUACGUACGUCACGAGGCAUUAGGACGGGAUCUUCUCAACGGGUCUCUCACCUAUGUGCCAUCGUUGAAGAAUUUUUACGCCGAUCUCACUCGCACAAUGCCCGAAUACGGAAGAAUCAAAUCCAGACGAGAUGAAAUUCUUCGGAAUCUGAAACGAGAACCGAGCCUCGUAGAUGCCAUUGCUUAUUUCGAUUCCAUGGCUACAUACGUGGAUGAACUUCGUAAACUUCAAAGAGAAUUACGUCACAUGAUAAGAGACUACGUAAGCUCGACCUUACAGGAUGCCAGCAACAAGGAAGUUGCUGGGAUUGCCAUAGUCGUUCUCGUCCUCAUUGUUUCACCGAUUAUCAUAUUUUUGGUUCGGAACGCCGUUGCCACUAUACAGAUGUAUGCUGCGAAUCUAGCCCAAAAGGCACGAGAACUAAAACGAGAGAAGAGAAAGAGCGACACAUUGCUCUUCCAAAUGUUACCACCGAGCGUGGCUCAACAAUUGAAGCAAACUCAGCAGGUACCAGCUGAAUAUUACGAAGCUGUGACUGUCUACUUCAGCGACAUCGUCGGCUUCACCGAAAUCGCCGCGGAAAACACUCCGCUCGAGGUGGUAACAUUUCUUAACUCGAUAUACAAACUCUUCGACGCCCGUAUAGAGUGCUAUGACGUAUACAAAGUCGAAACGAUUGGCGAUUCGUACAUGGUGGCAUCAGGUCUGCCAGUUAGAAAUGGUAAAAGUGACAAACACGUCUCGGAGAUCGCUACGAUGGCCCUCGAUCUGUUAGCGGCAUCAUCGGUCUUUCAAGUACCUAAACGACCGGGUGAACGGCUGCAGAUUAGAAGCGGUGCACAUACCGGACCCGUUGUCGCUGGAAUUGUAGGCAGUAAAAUGCCUCGAUACUGUUUAUUCGGCGACACCGUUAACACUGCCAGUAGAAUGGAAUCAACGGGUGAAGCAUUACGUAUCCACAUAAGUCUGGAAAUGAAAAAAGCGUUGGAUGCUGUGGGCGGUUUCCGGAUCGAGCAUCGUGGACUCGUCGAUGUUAAGGGCAAAGGUCUAAUGGACACGUACUGGCUGGAAUGCAAAGACGGAGGAAUAGCACGAGCAGCGGAGCUCGAUUUGCCAACGUUCUUCGAAGAUGUGAGGCCCGUAUUCAUGCGAAGACUUCGGGAGGAAGGAACACUUCCCUUACGUCCAAAUCCGUGCAUACGUUUGUCCCAACCCAAUCUGAUCGAUCAUCUAAAGAAGCCGGGUGUCGGUAAAAGAGCGCGUCUGUCCCAGCCGAAUCUUCAUAUUGCACCCGUUAAGCUCCAGCCUCAGUCCCAAUCAAGCAUAGAAUCACAAGAUUCGGCGGUAACUUACGAGGGGACCUUAUCGACCGCGACUCCUUGUCCACCGAGUUACUCACCGGCUAGCCAAAGAAGUCGUUAUUCUCAGCCGAAUCUACCGACCUUGAUGAUUCCAUACAGCGAUCAGCAUCGACAUAGUUUGUCACCGGAUCGUCGUACCAGAAUGUCUCAGCCAACGCUCAACACGAGCUAUUCCGGUAUCAAUUUUCUCGGAACGAUGAGGGGUUCCCGAUUGUCAUAUUCGAGCCUCCGAGCAUCCGGUGACAACAGUAUUAAUCUCCAGAUCGAAGAAGAACGACUUUCCACUCCGAAUGUUCAUUCCCUGGGUGGUGUAACUGGCGGAAGUGGUGGCGCCGGAAGCGGCAGCGGUGCUGGUUAUCGAGACAUUCACGGAGGUCGACUCUCCCAGCCUGACGUUCGUCGAAUGUUCCGGGUUGAUCCGGUUACCGGGAAAAGAGAGCGCCUCUCCCAGCCUACUUUGGUAAUGGGCGACUUCUAUCCCGGUCGUGUGCAGCAACGAUUGUCCCAGCCUUGUCUCAGCGCAUGGAAGGAGCAUCAGGCUUCUCUCCAGUCACCCAUGAAACUCAAACGUUUCGGUCCUUCGCCCGUAAAGAGGGACCGUUUGUCUCAGCUUGAUUUCGGUGGUUCGCGAUAUCGCAGUCUCAAAGAUCCUUCUUCGUCUGCGACCAAAUUCAAUCGCGAUCGAUUCUCCAUACCUGAGCUUGAAACUCAGAACGAUUUGCGUCUGAUGGCCGGUACACCGAAACAACGUUUCAGCUUGGACAGCCAGCUGAAUCCCGAAGGCAGAGGUACAAGACGGCUAUUACCUAUCGCCAGUUCACCAAUUUCUGAACAUCAAUCAAAGAACGAAGAGAAUCUAGGACUCAAAGGCAAAUUACCGACGGAAGGCUUGGAAAAUGUUCUCGUUGCAAGUGCAACACCCAUUUUCCCAUCACAGGACAGACAAUUUCUUGCCCCCAUCCUUAAGACUACACCUCCGGCUCCGCCUUCAUCCGCGCCAAUAACUCGUGAACGAAUGUCCGUACCUGAAAUCAGAAACUCGAGCUUGCGGAGAUUGCUCGACUCGCCCGUUAAACAGAGACACAGCUUGACUGGAAAUUUGAGACAGAGUCUUAUGUCUCAAGCAAAGACUCAAGAGUUGGUGAUAAAUCAAAGCGAAAAGAAAACUGCUCGUGCAUCGAUCGAUGCUGCUAUCGAGAAACUCAUGAAAAUUGAAAUCGAGAAGGGAAGCAUCGAGGCGAGCGAGGCCAAGAAGGAAGAACCUAAACACAUACAACGCCAUUAUUCUUACACUUAUGAUGUUAAGGACGAAAUGAAAGAGGUCAUCGGGAGACUCAGCGUUGCUCUACCAAAAAAGAAAUAUCUGGAGAGCAAUUUCGAUGAGAAUGAGCAAGUCAUAACGACUGUCAUCGAAACUGAAAUUCCAAUGAUUCUUAGUAGUCCAAAGUACACGAAGAAAACUCACGUUUACUCGAGCGAAACCCCUAAAUGGAUGAAAAAGUGUUUGGAAAAUGAAAGUCCGAGAGCUGUGCGAAAAAAUGACAACGUCAACAAAACCAAUCAGAAGAAUAUCUUUAAAGCUGAAUCCGCUUUAAGAACCAGCCCUGAGAAGACUGCCUCAAAGAAAAGUUCGCCAAAAAAGUCGGCGCCAAUGAAAGACUUGCAAUACCUUCAACAGAGGAUUUCAAAAGAGAGAUUGACCAAAUUCACCGGUACGAAUGUUGACUUCAAUCAAACACCCAAAAAUACUUACGUCAGUAUAAAACCUUCGAACGACGUUGAAGAACACAAGUAUGAGGUCAGAGUUGAGGUCAACUCGCCUCAACAACACGUCGGACCGAAUUUCGGUCCGGACUUUUGUCAACCGAUCGGAAUCGCGUGUCUAUAUGGCGCAUCGUUGAAUAUUCAUUUUUUCGAAUUUGAUGGAAUAAGCUUUAGAGAGAGGAGUGAAUUCCAAGAGUAUUGUGCACAAAAAAGAAAAAAAAAUUAUUGUCCAAGGGGAAACAAAAUGAAUUAUUGCAUUGGCGGUAGGCAAAAGUCGGAACGAACCACGAGUGUUAAUGAUAUCGAUGCUGCGGGGGUUAUUAACGAGAUCACCGGUGAUGUUCGAUGUUUCCCAAUAAAUCCAGGCACGAAAAAAGGACGCCGAAUUUAUCUAAUUCAAAUGAUAUUUCUACCCUUCAUACCAAUAAUAGCUCUGAUAGGGCAGAGUUGUCACAGCAUGGUGGUAUCGUCCAUUCAACUUCAAUAUCUCGAGGACACUAAGCGACAAGUCAUUGGGAUGACGGUCGAACUUGGACGACUGCUCGUAGCGUUCCAAGAGGAACGAGCUCAAAGUGCUCUGUUCAUUUUUUCAUAUGGAAACAACAGAUCGGUACUGGUUGAAACUUUUGCACGAACGGACAGUGUGCUCCGCGAAACAGAUUGGUCAAUGUGUAAAGAUGAUUUUAUUAAUACGAUUCUACUCCAGUUGACAAAUGUCAGUGACGUUAGGAAGCAGAUUUUACAGACUGGGAGCGAGAAAAACGAGGUGAGAAAAAAAGAGGAUCCGCAAGAAGCCACCCAUUGGUAUGUUAGAGUUAAUUAUUAUCUCCUUGAGGAGAUAUCAAGCCGAAUUGGCGGUCACGUCACUGGAGAUAUUUGGAGACUUAUGAUCGCUUACAAGUACAUUCUUAGUGCGAUCGAGCAUACAACAGUCUCAAUUGUUUUCGGUGUGCAAAAGUACAGCACUGGCCACUUGACGAUCGAAGCUUUGACUUUUUUCGUUGAGCACGAUACAUUAGCACGUGAAUAUUUAUUGGCCAUUCCACACUUUGCUCCGAAUCUCGUUACAAAUCCAAUUGCGGAGCUCUGGCAAAAUGAGGUAAUUAGAAACCACGAGAUAAACAGAACCGUUUCAGAUAGCCCUGACGUGACAAAAGGCCAUUACUAUUACUCAAGAAUGGUGAAUUUUCUCACUACGCUAAGAGAGCGAGAGAACGAAAUCAGACUUUUAAUCCGGCAAGAACUAUACAAAGAAAAUAUAUCAGCUUCGAGGCAACAAUUGAUCAGCGUUGCGGCACUCGUUCUAGUGCUUCUUAUAACACCGAUUAUUAUUUUGCUCGUGAGAAAUGCGACCAUGACGAUUCAACGAUUUGCCGAUGGUCUCAUCGAAACUACAAUUAAUCUGAAGAACGAAAAGGGGAAAAGCGACCAUUUGCUAUUCCAAAUGUUGCCAGCGAGCGUGAUAAAACAGCUGAAACAACAGCGACAGGUACCGGCAGAAAAUUUCGAUUCAGUUACGAUUUACUUCAGCGACAUAGUCGACUUUACGAAAUUGAGUGCAAGCAGCACACCCAUGGAGGUCGUGAACAUGCUCAAUUCGUUGUACAGGCUUUUUGAUUCGAGAAUACGAAAAUACGAUGUUUACAAAGUUGAGACGAUUGGAGACUCGUAUAUGGUGGUGAGCGGGUUACCGCAGAGAAAUGGGAAUCGUCACGUGGGUGAAAUUGCUACAAUGUCCCUGGACCUAUUGGCAAGCAUGAAGGCUUACGUGAUUCCGCAUAGACCGAACGAACAAUUGAAAAUUCGAAUAGGAGUGAAUACAGGACCAUGCGUGGCCGGGGUAGUCGGUACAACUAUGCCUCGAUAUUGUCUUUUUGGGGAUACAAUAAACACCGCCAAUCGGAUGGAAUCAACAGGAGAAUCAAUGAGGAUACAUAUCUCACAAAACACGAAAGAUUUACUCGAUCUUGAAGAAGGUUACGAAGUUGAGCUCAGAGGAAGCAUGGAAGUCAAGGGUAAAGGAAAAAUGAAAACCUACUGGUUAGUAAAAAAAGAUCAGUACCGAGUCGAUUUUAACGAAGAGGACGAAGCAUUAUGUGUGCCGGACGCUAUUGUAAAACCUGAAUUCUUACGAAUAAUCGACAAUGUUCCCGACGCAUUAUUAUCAAACUCAUAAAUAUUUCUUUCCAUUCGAGGCAUAAGAAAAUAAUAUGAUAGUACAAAAUGUAUUUUGACAUGUGUUACACUGAUACUAAUUGUAAAAUAAUAAAUAAAGGAGUGUAACCUUAACCGAA